GGGUGUGAAGAAGGGGAAAAAGAAAAAAAAAGAAAGAAACCCCGUUGAUGGUUAUGACAUAAAAGAAGAGAGAGUAGAGUGGUAUAGAAAGAGGGAAGAGGGCGCCACUUCUGACGCUCUUCACGCAUUUCAUUUCCCUUUCCUCCCUGUUCUCUUCUGUUCUUCUAAACUUACCAUUUUUACUCGCACAAACCACCGCUAACCUAUUCGACUUACUUUUCCUCCUAAUCAAUACUCACAUGAUUUUCUUUCCCUAAACCCACUUUUAAACCCACCAUGCUUUCUCCUCACUCUUCCUCACCUUCCAUGGCUAAACCCACUCUCCGCCACAGGGCUUCUGCCUGUCUCGCCGACGUUUUCCGUUUCCUCGUCGGUUCAUUUCUCGCUCUUCUUCUCCUCUGGACCUUUUCCUCUUUCCUUAUUCCUUCUUCUUCUAAUUUUGACUCCCUUCACCCUCCUGAUUUUGCCUCUUCCUCCCGUAAUUCCCAAAAUCAGUAUCCUUCUCUGGCGUAUGACCCACCGGAUAUCACCUUCUACGAUGACCCCAAACUCAGCUACUCCAUUCAGAAACCCAUCAAGAAUUGGGACGAGAAGCGCCGCCAUUGGCUCAAACACCACCCUUCUUUCGCUGCUGGAGCCUCUGAGAGGGUGCUUCUGAUAACGGCGUCGCAGCCCAAGCCGUGCCGGAACCCCAUCGGCGACCACUUGCUACUGAGAUUCUUCAAGAACAAAGUGGACUACUGCCGUAUCCACGGCUACGAUAUUUUCUACAACAACGCGCUACUCCAGCCGAAAAUGUUCUCGUACUGGGCGAAACUACCGGUGGUUCGAGCAGCCAUGAUAGCCCACCCAGAAGCCGAGUGGAUCUGGUGGGUCGACUCAGACGCGUUGUUCACCGACAUGGAAUUCAAGCUCCCAUUGGACCGUUACAAGAACCACAACCUCAUCGUCCACGGCUGGACCCACUUAAUUUACGAACGGAAAAGCUGGACAGGGCUGAACGCCGGCGUGUUUCUCAUGAGAAACUGCCAAUGGUCCAUGGACUUCAUGGACGUAUGGGCCAGCAUGGGCCCACAAACCCCAAAUUACGAGAAGUGGGGACAGGUAUUGAAAUCGACGAUUCCGGACAAGCUGUUCCCGGAAUCAGACGAUCAAACGGGGCUGGUUUAUCUUCUUUACAAGGAGAAGGAGAAAUGGGGGAACAAGAUUUACUUAGAAGGGGAAUAUUACUUCGAAGGGUAUUGGGAAGAGAUCGUUACAACAUUUGACAACAUCACCGAGAGGUACAUGGAAAUGGAGAGAGGGGGACAGGAGCUGCGACGGCGGCAUGCGGAGAAGGUGAGUGAGCAAUACGGUGAGUUUAGGGAGAAAUAUUUGAAAGAAGCUGGAAAUGGUAAAGGGAGUUGGAGAAGGCCUUUUAUCACACACUUCACUGGGUGUCAGCCUUGUAGUGGAGAUCACAAUCAGAUGUAUUCUGGUGGAUCUUGUUGGGAUGGGAUGCGUAAAGCUUUGAAUUUUGCUGAUAAUCAAGUGCUUAGAAAGUAUGGUUUCAUGCACCCAGAUGCAUUUGAUUCUUCCGUCUCUGAAGUUCCUUAUGAUUAUCCUGCCUAAGACUAAGAGGUAUGUAAUUCUUGGUUUAGUCAAAUUUGGAGUCAUAUUUAUCUGCCAAAUUUAAGAGAAAGGUGAAGGAGUACGUAUGUGUAUGAAUUAGAGAAAAGAGAAGUAAGUGUAAUCUAUCUUCUUCUUGGAAAAUAGUGCAUUACCGAGUGGCUUUUGGAAACUGAUGUUCUUCUUUUUGUGUGUGUUUGGUUGAAGUGCUUUUUUGGAAUCUUA